AUGCAGGAAGAUACUACGGAAACCAUGAAGACGGUGUCGUUGAAACUUGUUGUGAACAAAGAGACGGACAAAGUCUUAUUUGCAGAAGCCGGUAAGGAUUUUGUGGACAUUCUAUGCAGCUUCUUAACAAUCCCAUUAGGAACCAUUGCAACACUUAUCCAAAACCACACAACCAUGGAACCUCUUACACUUGGUUCUCUCAACUCUCUUUAUAAGAGUGUAGAAAACCUUGAUUCAUCUUAUCUUACGACAAACUCAUGCAAGGAAAUGCUGUUGCAUCCGAGGAACUCAUCUGAAGAUUACUGCGACACUCUUAAAUUUAACAUUGAUGAUGCUGUCGAUCCCACUAGGCCCUUCUUCAUCUGUUCCGAUUGGGCUAGUUGUAAAUACAAAUUGUUGAGCAGUUUUAGUAAUCAAAGAUGUGAAUGUGGGAGUCUUCUGGAUCAUCAAAUUUUAAUGAAAAAAGAGAAAGUGUGCAAUGGAUUUGUCAAGGAUUGUCCAACUUUUUUAGUUACGGAUGAUCUUAGGGUUUUGCCUAACUCAAUGGAUACAAGCUUUGAUCUUCUCAAGAAUUUUGGAAUUAAGAACUCUGAUUCAGUGAAGACAAUGACUGCAACCAUCACUCCGAGAUCACAGAUUUUGGAUCUGUUGAAGUAUUCCUUGCUAUCCAAGUCAUCUUUGACUAAUUUGUUCUUAAGAAACAAACCAUUUCUUGAGGGGACAAGUUUUACCCCUUGUGACAUUCCAAUCACUAGUAGCAUCCAAAUCAAGGUGAAAUUGUUUUUCCGAAAAACCGACGGUGACAUAUUGUUUGCUCAAGGUGAAGAAGAUUUUGCUGACUUUCUGGUUAGUUUUCUAACUUUUCCUUUGGGAGGAGUUGUACGCAUGUUAGGAGGAGAUUCUUCGCUUGGUUGCAUAGAUUCCUUGUACCGGAGCAUAACUGAAUUGGAUGAAAAUAAAUACAUGAUGAUAGAUGAUGUAAAGAGCAAGCUUGUUGCUCCUUGCAUUGCCCCACAGUUCAAAUCAAGCAAACAGAUAUUACAAAUUUAUGAACCACCCUCUUCUUCGUAUUAUUCUGAUUAUCAAUUUAUAGAUGGAAUUCGUCGUGUUACCAAUUUAACUUCCAAUCUUAGCGUAUACAAUUUCCUUACUGCUACGAAGAUGGAAUUAGUUGAUCCCAAAUCAUCUAAUAAGGAAGCUCAAGAAGGUUAUGUCAAGGGACCAUCAUUGUUUAUGGCUACAAAUGAUUUGAGUUUAGAACCAAUGUCUCCGACUUCAACUAUUUCUCUACUCAAUCAGUUAGAAACCCCUCCUAGUAAUAUCAUUGAAAAGGUUGUCUUCAUUGGUGUCAACGAGGGUCUUAGCAUAUUGAAAGCAGCUUUGACAUCAACUUCAGCUCUAACAAAUGGUCUCGGUCACCUUUUAACCCAAGCUCGCGACAAGGAAGAGGAGGAGGAACAGGAGUCGUAUUUGAUGAAGAAUUGGUCUCGCUUUAGGACAUAUUCAGUUGCGCUUAAUUAUUUUUCGGUUGCAUUAGUUGUAUCACCCAAGGUAGUGAAUUCAUGGAAUUCUAAUAUAAGAAACAUGGAUAGGGCACUUUGUAAUGAUACUUGUAGUAUGGACUAUCCAGAAGCACAUGUGAAAGUUCUCACUAGAGUAGAUUUUUCAGACCACCAUCUGAUACUGAUAUGUCUGAACAACAUUCAUAUCUUUAAAAAUCAAAAGCACUUUAUAUUUGAAAGUGAUUUAGAGAUCAUGAAGAGAUGA